GCUCCACGGGGGAAGAUGGCGGAUGACAAGGACUCUUUGCCCAAGCUUAAGGACCUGGCCUUUCUCAAGAACCAGCUAGAGCGCCUUCAGCAGCGUGUGGAAGACGAAGUCAGAAGUGGUGUGGGCCAGGAUGGCUCGCUCUUGUCCUCCCCAUUCCUCAAAGGCUUCCUGGCUGGCUAUGUGGUGGCCAAACUGAGGGCAUCAGCGGUAUUGGGCUUUGCUGUGGGCACCUGCACUGGCAUUUAUGCAGCUCAGGCAUAUGCUGUGCCCAAUGUGGAGAAGACAAUAAGGGACUACCUGCGGUCGCUGCGAAAAGGGCCCGACUAGCUCUGGAU